AUGACAGAAGAUAAGAUCACCGGGACCUUGGUUUUCACUGUCUUCACUGCUGCACUGGGUUCCUUCCAGUUUGGAUAUGACAUUGGUGUGAUCAAUGCACCUCAAGAGGUAAUAAUAUCCCAUUAUGAAUACGUUUUGGGUAUUCCACUGAAUGACCGAAAAGCUAUCAACAACUAUACUAUCAACAGUACAAAGGAACUGCCCACAGUCCCAUACCUAGGGGAUUCAAUACCAACACCUUUGGUGGAGGAAGAAACUACAGCAUCUACUAGCCUCGUCACCAUGCUCUGGUCCUUGUCUGUGUCUAGCUUUGCAGUUGGUGGAAUGAUUGCAUCAUUCUUUGGCGGGUGGCUAGGGGAUCGGCUUGGAAGAAUCAAAGCCAUGUUGGUAGCAAACAUUCUCUCAUUAGUUGGAGCUCUCUUGAUGGGGUUUUCAAAACUGGGACCAUCUCACAUUCUUAUAAUUUCAGGAAGAAGCAUAUCAGGACUCUACUGUGGACUAAUUUCAGGCUUGGUUCCAAUGUACCUUGGUGAAAUUGCUCCAACCACACUCAGGGGUGCUCUUGGCACACUUCACCAGCUGGCCAUUGUCACGGGCAUUCUUAUUAGUCAGAUUGUUGGCCUCAACUUUAUCCUGGGCAAUCAUGAGCAGUGGCAUAUCCUGCUUGGUUUGUCUGCUGUGCGAGCCAUCAUCCAAUCUCUGCUGCUCUUCUUCUGUCCAGAAAGCCCCAGGUACCUUUACAUCAAGUUGGAUGAAGAAGUCAAAGCAAAGAAAAGCCUGAAAAGACUCAGAGGAGGUAUUGAUGUCACCAAAGACAUCAAUGAGAUGAGAAAGGAAAAAGAAGAAGCAUCCAGUGAACAGAAAGUCUCCAUAAUUCAGCUCUUCACCAACUCCAGCUACCAACAGCCUAUUCUAGUCGCACUGAUGCUGCAUGUGGCUCAGCAAUUUUCUGGAAUCAAUGGGAUCUUUUACUACUCAACUAGCAUUUUUCAGACAGCUGGAAUCAGCCAACCUGUUUAUGCAACCAUUGGAGUUGGUGCCAUCAACAUGGUUUUCACUGCUCUCUCUGUAUUCCUUGUGGAAAAGGCAGGGCGACGCUCUCUGUUUCUAAUAGGAAUGAGUGGGAUGUUUGUCUGUGCCAUCUUCAUGUCUGUGGGACUUAUAUUACUGGAUAAACUGGCGUGGAUGAGUUAUGUAAGCAUGGUAGCCAUCUUCCUCUUUGUCAGUUUCUUCGAGAUUGGGCCUGGCCCUAUCCCCUGGUUCAUGGUGGCAGAGUUCUUCAGUCAAGGACCCCGGCCUGCUGCUUUAGCAAUAGCUGCAUUUAGCAACUGGACCUGCAAUUUCAUUGUAGCUCUGUGUUUCCAGUACAUUGCGAAGUUCUGUGGACCUUAUGUGUUUUUCCUCUUUGCUGGAGUGGUCCUGGCCUUUACUCUGUUUACAUUUUUCAAAGUCCCAGAAACCAAAGGAAAGUCCUUUGAGGAAAUCGCAGCAGAAUUCCGAAAGAAGAGUAGCUCGGCCCAAGCGCCAAAAGCUGCUGUGGAAAUGGAAUUCCUUGGAGCUACAGAGACUGUGUAAAGAUAACCUGCUUUUUUGACAAAAAGAGAAACAGGAAGGAAGUUGUGUGUUUUUAAUUGACGAUUCUUUGAGAAUUUUAUAUCUACGUCUUGAAGUAUUAUUUUAUUUUUUAGGGAGCUUUUAUGGGCUUUUCUCAGAAAUGUCAUCCAAAAUUACCAAAGAAAGUAUUUUUUUUAAGUUAGAGCAUCUAUUUUUGAUAGUAAGACUCUGUAAUUAAGUAAACCAAAAAGUCUAGCUCAAUUUACUACACCAAAGGGCAAGUACAUUGUAAUGUUCCUAGCUCUGUUCUUUAUAACCAGGUUCUCCUGAAAUGGAAGCAGUGUCAAUGUGUCAUGUUAUUGCUUCAGUAAGCAUGUGACUGGAAACCUGGAGCUGCAGCUCAUUUACAUAUUUGAACAUGAUUAUAUUGGCAUUUUCUUACCCACAGACCUCAUACUAAAGGAGCUUUGGCUAGUGGUAAUAAGGUCCAUGUUAAAAUUGAUAACUUUUCUAUUGCUCCCAUUCAGCUUUUUUCUUCUGUAUUAGAAUUUAUAUUUUGUUUAAAAUUUUAUUUUUUCUGUAUUUUCACGUGGAAUGGUUUAUUGAGUAUAUUAAGAUAUGUUCAUAAAAAAAAAACUUAUUUUUGGUAGGCUUACCAAAACUUUUGGUACUCAGAAAAAAAAAUUAGUUCCUUUGCUUGAUAACCAAAUGAUUUUUAUAAGAUUAAACACUGAAAAGAUUUUACCAGUCAUACAGCCUGGGUUAUCAGUUAAUAUUAAUAUCUAUUAUAAACCUAUGUUAAUUCCUUGCUAGUUCAGUCCUUUGAGCUCUAUUUUGGUUUGCUUUUAAAUUGAGCACAGCAUGGUUUUCUCAGCUGUAUUUUUUAUAAAGUACAUUCAAACAGUGAUUAAGCUGGACUUUUUUUUUUUUUAAGAUUUUAUUUGACAGACACAGUGAGAGAGGGAACACAAGCAGGGGGAGUGGGAGAGGGGAGAAGCAGGCUUCCCAUGGAGCAAGGAGCCCGAUGCGGGGCUUGAUCCCAGGACCCUGGGACCAUGACCCAAGCCGAAGGCAGACACUUAACGACUGAGCCACCCAGGCGCCCUAAGCUGGACAUUUUUAUAUCUCCUCAAACCCUAAAUAAGUUAGAGCAGUCUAAGAGAAGUUUGAAAUAAAGGAUUGCUCUGUUUGUUAAAACAUAUUUUCUGUAUUAUGUUUGAAGACAAAUUGAAAGAGUAGGAUUGCAGGAAUCCUAAAGGUGGGCUCCUGAAACUUCAUGAAUGCUCAAUUUCAGACUUUAUCAAAAUCCCUAUUUACUUUUCUGGUUAGAUAGUCAUCCCCUUUGACGUUCCUUCUUUGUCAUGGCAGUAUACAGACGCUAUCUAAGCCAUUCUAUUGCUAUUGCUAACAUUUCCUGUGUACUAUCUAUGUGCCAGGCACUGUUCUAAGUGCUUUUACCUAUGUAGGCAAAUUGGAAAUGCACAGAUGAUUAAACAGACUUUCACUUAUAGUCAAUUUUACAACUAUGGAAAUACAGUUCUGAUGGAUACCAAAGGCUUAGCAGGGAGCUAAAGUAUCUCCAGGCUGUCUUCCCCACAAAGUGGAGCACUGAGUCAAUCCUUUUUGUUUGCUUUAAUGUGCAUAAAAGAAAGGCACUUUUUUAAAAGUACUUUUUAUGAGUGGAGGGGGAAAAAUGCUUAACACUUGUUUUUGUUUUUUUCCCCUAGAGUUGUUUACCUUUAUAUAAUUUGGCAGUCCAGACAACAUAAAAUUAUUUCUUUUCACUUUGCUUUUUAUUCCCUUUGGACCAAUUUGGAAUAAAUUAUUUUUACUUAGGACUUCAGGACACAGUUAAAGUGAGCUUAAAUAGUUCAAAAGACUUUUGUGCUAGCUUGCGAGCUCUAGAAAAAUUGUGGGGACUCUGAAUUGGGCAAGAGCAGGAGAAUGGCUCCUGUGUGGCUCUUGUCCUCUUCUUCAGGAUGCUGGUGGUCUUUGAGAAGCCCAAAGUUACAAUGAUAAAGAAGUUUAACAUUUUUAUAGGUGAUGAAUGUGAUUUAAUCAAAUCGCUAUUCCUGAUCUCAUUUAUUAAGAAAAUAAAGUAGUAAAUGUUUAAAUAAAGAACCCAAAAGACCACUUUUAAGUUCUAAUUAUUUCGACUAACACAUAAACACCAGAAAUUCAUAGCCCGGAGUUCUCUGCCUCAGAGAAAUUGAACUAAUUUACAUGGUUUCCCUUCCAUAUUUUUUUCCUUGCUGAGAUACAAAUGAGUUGAAAAGAAACCUUAAGGUGAAGUAAGAAGCUGUUAAAGAUUUAUAGGAGGACAAAGGAACUAGCUUAACAUAAUAGAAACUCCCUGGUCUUCAAUAUCAUACAUCAUAAUAAAUAAUAAAAUUGGCACUGAUUAAUUAGAUGUAAUCAUAGGGAAAUUAGAUGUGAGUUUGAACAUUUAAUUUUCAUAGUACUCUAUCAUUUUUGUGGAAGUCUUUUCACACUCUAAUGUCCUAACAAAUGUGAUUUUUCUUAGCUUGUGUGAAGCAUUACAAUUCUGGUCUGGCCACUCAACCUGCUACACCUAGCUAUUACCCACUGUCAUGACACCCAGUGAAAGGGUCUUCUCUAACUUUCUCCUCUAUGCAAUCAGCACUGUAAUGGUACUGAGAUACGCUAAGACUCUGCCCCCUUCCUCCUCAAGGAGCUCACAGUCUAAUAAGCAGUUCAGGAAGACCAGGAUAUGAACGUCCCCAUGUGUGCCUUUUGCCAUCCAUGAAACUUGAUUUGGAGACCUUGUAAAAUGGGCACAGUAAUAUUACCUACCUCAGAGAGUUGUAAGGAUUAAAUGUAAAGUGCUAAGCAGAGUUCCUGGUACAAAGGAGGUACUCAAUAAAUGUUACCUAGAAUUAGUAUUCACAAAGAUACUGCUAAAAUAAAAGUUUGUCAUAUAUAUUGAUAGUUCCAAAUUUUUCUUUUCUUUUUUCUUUUUUUUUCUUUUUUCCAAAUUUCUUUUGAGUACAAAAAUUUUAUAAAUUCAAGAUAAUAUUGUCUUGUUUCAAGCAACAAUUUCAGUGACAAGGGAAUGGUAAAAAAUAAGGGAGAUUUUAGGCUAUCUAAUUCCUAAACCCAAACUUGAUAUUUCUAAGUUGGUUUUGAGUUUUUAUUGUAUUUUUAAAGUUUGCUUUUGUCUAAGUUAUGUUAUUUUUUAAAAGGUUGCUAUGUAAUAUUAUUUCUUGAAUAAUACUAAGGAUAGAGUAAAAUGCUGUAUAUUUAAAUGCAAUUCCACAAGAUUAUAAUCACAGGACAAGACCAAACCUUCUUGAUAAUCCUCAAAAACUGCAGAAGUGCUUUAUACAUGUAAACCAGUUUGCAUGCAUAAGCUACUUCUUCUUGCUAGAUUAUAGCAUAUGCAGCAAAUAAGGCAAUGUUAGGCAAUAUCUUGUGCUUAUGGUGUCCUAAACAGAGGUGCUGAGUAAAGCGCAAAAGAAUAUAUAAUUUUUCAUUACAAUUCUAUCAGUGACCUGAGGAGAAAAGGUUUGUUGCCAACCACUCUGACCCAUCUGCUGGUGUUUUUACUGCUUUCUAAUUUGGUGCAAAUUAGAAAGAAUCAUCAUGAAAAGACACUGGUUUUAGUUACAGGUAUAUAUACACUACAGUUUUAUGUCAAUAAAUACAUUUCUGAAUGCUUAAAUGUUGCUUUAUUUUAUAUAAAAAAAAUCACAUUUAAGAAAAUAUAUUUGGUUUACUAUAAUAUAUCCUUGUUUCUUUCUUACAAUAUUGUUCCUAUUCUCAUUUUAAAGAUAAUACGUGAGUUACUUUCUAAUUCAAAUUUUAUUUCCAUCAGGCAGUUGUUCUGAUUAUCAAGAGUAGGAAAAACUAAACUGAAGUCUAGGUAAAAACAACUGACUCUCUUUGAUAAAAUAAAAAUAAUUUCUUCAGUAAAUAUUUAGUUGAGCUCCCACCGUGAAUAAGACACUUUGUUAAAAUUUUGUGAAAGACACAAAACUUAGAAAACAUGGUCCAUAUCCUCAAUCACUUGCAUUCUCAUAAAAGGGUUAAAAGUUUAAAACAAAUAGUUACAGUAUGAAGGAGAAAAUAGAAAAAAACUAUAGUGGUUUUUAAGUUGACCUCUAAGUAUGCUGCAAGGAUGUGAUUUUAAAAAUAUAGUAUAUACUGAUAUUUAAAAUUUGUUGUGCUCUAUUUAUCCAAUGGACUUUAAAUACCAUAGUAAUUUGUUACCACAACCAUUAAAAUAUAUAUAAAUACAUAUAUAUAUAUAUAUACAUAUAUUUUAGCAGUUGGAAAUUUUACUGCAUUCUUUUCUAUUCUCAUAUUUCCUUUUCAUUUCUCCCAAAGAAUUUUAUCCUAAAUAACAAAUUUAAAUGCUUUUAAACCAACUUUUUGAUGAUUCUAUUAUGAGUAUCUAUAAUUUGAAUUUUUAUGUUUAAAAAUGUCACGUCGGGCACCUGGGUGGCUCAGUUGGUUAAGCGACUGCCUUCGGCUCAGGUCAUGAUCCUGGAGUCCCGGGAUCGAGUCCCGCAUCGGGCUCCCUGCUCAGCGGGGAGCCUGCUUCUCCCUCUGACCCUCCCCCCUCUCAUGCUCUAUCUCAUUCUCUCUCUCAAAUAAAUAAAUAAAAUCUUUAAAAAAAAAAAUGUCACAUGUCAAAAAGGUCAAAAUGUUUAACAUUUUUUUCUGGAUUGAGUUAGCAUUUAUGAUUAUUAGUAGUACACAAAUGAUGAAAAAAUCUGUAUUGCAGAUUUUGAUAGAAUUAUUAAUUUUUAAAGUUAUUAUUUUAAAUUUCAUCUCAGUGAGAAACAUGAGUUAUUUAUUUUUCAAUCAAUUAAAAUAUUAAUGGAUGGAUAUUUCUUACUGCUAAAGUUAAAGAGUGCUCAGCAUAAAUUCUAUUAUUACACUUUGCUAUUAUAGAUGUAUUUAAAAAUCUUAUUUUCGGGCACCUGGGUGGCUUAGUUGGUUAAGUGUCUGCCUUCAGCUCAGGUCAUGAUCCCAAGGUCCUGGGAUGGAGUCCCACACUGGGCUCCCUGCUCAGCAGGGAGUCUGGUUCUCCCUCUCCCUUUACCCCUCCCCCUGCUCGUGCUCUCUCAAAUAAAUAAAAUCUUCUAAAAAAAAUCUUAUUUUCAUAAAUAAUAGUAUAGAAAUGGGAUAUCCUUUCCAUAAACUAUUCCCAAAUCACAGACAAAAAACACAUAAAAAUUAAUCAUAAAAAUAAAUUUGAUUUUUUAAAUAAACUUUAAUAAUCUAUCAGCUAACAACUCCAUUGGACCCUUCUUCUUUAAUUUUGUUGAAAUCAAAGAACUUAUAUUGUGGAAGGAUUUGUUAUCCAGCUGUUAUAAUCAUUCUUCUGUUAGUUUCUGGGCAGUAUACCAAAAAGGUUUUACCAAGACUUAAUAAAAGGCUAUUAAUUAUACUGCUGAAACUUUCACUUAAAGGUAACUUGCUUAACCUGAUAUACUGAGAAGGGGUUGGGAGAAUUGAAAUACUAAUUUUACAUAUUUUCACAUAUGUAAUAAAAUUCUUCUAUUUUAUCACAUGCCGUAUUUUCAUCAAACCAUUAGAAGUUGGAUUUAGCUUGUUAGCUUGCUCAAUUCACGGAAAAUAUCAUAAAUAACCUAGUGGGCAAAUUCAGUCCUCAUUGUCAAACUACUUUUCCAAAUCAGUUUUACUAUCUGACUUAAUUUUUCACUUCCAAUAAUUACCUUAGUACUCAUUCUUGUGACAGCUAUCUCAUGUUUGAAUUCCAGUAAUUCCACAUGGAUACUUGCCAUAAGUCUGUCUCCUGCAUUUCUAACAGAUGCUUUACUUUCUUUACUUUUAUGGGUCUUUCCCUCAGGAGCAAUACACAUUGAAAAUAAUUGGGUAAGGUCUGCUAAACAAAAGUGGUCAUUAUCCUGUUCUACAAAGCCCGAAUUCAAAAUACCGUAACUUGGGCCAAAAUAUACUAUUUCUUAUGCCACUUUAAUUAAGGUAGUCUUCACAGGUAACAUUAUUUCCAAGUAUUCCUUUGUUUGGUAUCUCUAAAAGUGUAACGCUCUGGGGCAACACACCAUGGCCAGAGUCAGGAUCCAUUGAGAAGGACAAUUAUGAAAAGCGUUUGGAAAGAAGAACUAGUCUAACGAACAUUAGGCACAUAUUGGGUAUGAAAGUGUAUGUUUUUGCCUAUUAUAAGAGAUAAUACGUCCAACUUUGAAAAUAGUUAUUACAAGUUAUUCACAAACUAAAUGCUGGGGUGGGGGCAGGGUGCAGAAUAAAACUUAGAGAAUCAGAAGAUCCAGCACCCAAACAACAGGAGUUCAAAAGAGAGGAAAAAACAAAAUGGGGGGAAAAAUUAUUAAAGAAACAUUAUAUUGGAAUUUUGCUGAGCUGAGCUGAAAAACAAGAUGAGAUUGAAAGGUUAUUAUGUGUCAAACACAAUAAACAAAGUCCAAAAUUUCACCAUGAAAUUUCAGAACAGCAGACAUUAAGAAAGGAAAGACAGGUCACAUAAAAAGGAACAAGAGUCAUCGCAGCAUGUAAUAUGUGAACAGCAACUAUGGAAGCUAAAAUGUUGUGGAGCAAUGCCUAUAAAAUUCUGAAGGACAACGAUUUUCAACCUAGAAUUCUAUCCCCAGAUGUAUUAUCAAUUGAAUGUGAAUGUAAAAUAAAGAUAUUUCCAGACAUGCAUGACUCAAAAUUUUACCUCUUCUGCACCUUCUCUCAUGAAACAAGUAGAUAGUGUACUUUACCAAAACAAAGAAGAAAACCACAAGAGUAAGACAUGGAAUUCAGCAAAAGGGAAGAAAGAAAGAUAAAUCUGAGGACACAAGUCAUGGGUGGACAGCUAACAUCAGGGACAAGAAAGCAACUGAUUCAAAUUGAAGCAAGGAAAAGAAUGUUCCAGGGGAAAAUAGAACUGAAAGAUUCUCUGAUGUGUUUGGCCCUAUGAAGAAUAAUUUUGGACAUUUGGGGGAAAAAAUAGUGACAAACACACAGAAAACUAAACAAAUGAAGAUAUGGGGCAAUUAUGAAUUUCCGGAGAUAGAGUAAGGUAAAGAGUGGUAUAAAAUGGAAACAUCAGGGUGGGGAAUGGGUUAGCCAGGUGGUGGGUAUUAAAG